AAUAAGAUGAAAAUUCCCUCAUUCGGUACGCAAUCACCGUACGUAUGCUCUCUACGACGUCGUUUUACACUGCCCAGCCUCCCCACAAAUUCCGUUCCUGAUGAGAUCCGAUGAUGAUGUAAUGUAUUAACCCUCUCCAUCUUCGAUUCGAUUCGUCGUCGUCGUUGUUGUUGUCUGUUUCCGGCGAGGCAUCGGGGAAAAGCGGGUGCGAUUCGUCGAUGGAUUCGGAUGAGUUUCGCGCGGUUCUGUCGAGAUCGAGAGUCGGAAUAUGGGAGAUGAUCGAGGCGGCGAUUCGAGUCGCCGGCUCCGAUCACGGCGAGGAGUUGCGACGCCGGAGAGAUGGAAUUGUUGAGUCGCUCUACGCUACUGCGGGGCGGCGGUGUCCUAAUUGCAGCGGCGACGUCGAGGAAGGGCAUCGUAGUGAGGCUCGCAAUGAUACAGCUGGUAAUAGUGACGGUCUUGACGAUAGAGACGACCGUGAAAACGAUAAGGUCUGCAUCGAUGAGGACGAUGAUGAGGACGACGACGAGAAAAGUAAUCGCAAUUUAAUUGAGGAUUUUGGUAAGAGUCCUGACCAUCGGAAUUUGAGCGAGGAAGGGGAUGAUUUGGAUCCAUUCGGAGGUUUAUUUGACGAUGAACAAACGACAAUUAUCAGCAUCAAAGAGCAGCUUGAAGAUCCACACCAGAGUGAUGAAUCAAUUGUAGAACUGCUGCAAACACUGUCAGACAUGGAUAUCACUUUCCAAGCUCUGAAGGAAACUGAUAUAGGACGAUAUGUGAAUCAAUUGAGGAAGCAUUCGUCGAAUGAAGUUCGAAGAUUGGUGAAGCAUCUUGUUAGAAAAUGGAAGGAAACUGUGGGCGAAUGGGUUAGCGUGAAUGAACCUCAUGGAUCUUCUAACCUACUUGCUGAUGCGGAUUCGCCACAGCCGAGCAUUCCCAGAAAUCGGCAGAAUGGUCAUCACCAGGUUCCGGAUUUCGGGUACUCUCCAAAUCCUCGAAAUGGGAAUUCUAGUGCAGAAAGGAAUUACGUAGAACACGAACCGAAACCAAAACCAUCCCAAUCCGCGCCUCGAAGAGAACCUCCAUCAAGACCUCCGCAGCCAGUUCCAAAACCGACCUCCACUCCUCCUAAUAAGAUGCAAGGAGGAUCUGUUAUAGACGACGAAAGGCUGAAUUCAGCAAGAAAGCGACUCCAAGAAAACUACCAAGAAGCACAGAAUGCGAAAAAGCAAAGAACAAUUCAAGUGAUGGAUAUCCACGACAUUCCCAAACCGAAGAAAGCCUUCUUUGCCAAGAACAAAGGCGGCUUUCAGGGAAAAUUCAACCGGUGAGUCUCCUCGCCUUUCUUUCGAUCUUUUUUGUUGCUGUAUGCUGUGUUAAUUUACACAAUGCAUUAUAUAUUAUGGUUUCUGCUAAACUGUGACCGUUCCAAAACCAAAACAGGGAUUCGAACCGUUAUUAUUUAUUUUGAGCUAAGGAUAUAAACAAACUGAAGUGAAACAAGAAUUAUAAAUACUUCAGUUAAUACAUCAUUUCCUCUGCUUGAUUUGGUAA